AUGAAGUUUUCUCAUUCUAUUCAAUUCAACUCGGUGCCCGACUGGGCUGAACACUAUAUUGCAUAUUCAAAUCUUAAGAAACUUAUUUAUCAGAUCGAAAGAGAUUUACUCACCAUCGCGACUUCGGAAGAUGAUGCUGAGUCACACACCGAAAUCUCACCCCUAGUAGAUUCCAGAGCUCGUGCAAAUGCGAUAUUCAUACCAGCACUUGACAAAGAACUCGUAAAGAUCGAUUCAUUUUAUCUCGGUAAAGAAAAGGAACUCUUCGAAGAAGUCGAUACACUUAUCCAGGAUUUUGCAGUGUUUGAAAAUCUUGAGGAUAAUGUUAGCAUUCAUAGCAAUUCAAUGGGCUUUAGUCGUUCCUACCAGUCUUCGGAGGGAAUAAACACUCUCGGGCGUUCUCGUCUUAGUAGUGACGAUGAAGAACGCGUUGCUCCCAACAGAUUUUCUAUUGGCAGCGAACCUUUCAAUUCGAGCGAAGACAGAAGAAUGUCGUUUAUAUGGGGCCCACCUUCAAUCGAGGAUCAAAGGAUACACAUGAAGAAACGUACCAUCGAACUUUUUGUCUGGUUAUCGGAACUGAAAUCAUUUGUUUCUUUGAAUCACACGGGGUUUUCAAAAAUUCUAAAAAAAUAUGAUAAGGUUACCGAUGGUAAUCUCAAAGGUUCAUACAUGAGUAACGUGGUGAGUGCGGCAUAUCCAUUCAGACCUUCGUCUAAAAAAACUCUCGAGGAAAAGAUGCUAAAGGUUCAAGAGAUUUAUGCCCAUUUAUGUACAAAUGGUGAUAUGGAUGUUGCCAUGCGUGAGCUUAAAACUCAUUUGAGGGAAUUCAUAAUAUGGGAAAGGAAUACUAUUUGGAGGGAUAUCAUUGGUUUGGAGAGGAAAUCGCACGCUGUUGGCAUAAAAGCUCCAGUGACUGUGGAUAAAUUGGUCGAAUCAGGUUCUAAAAUUAGAACACCUUUUGGUAAAUUGACUGUGUCGGAUACCUUUUGGAGAGACGCUUUCUUGUUGACGCUCUGCAUUGCGGUAUUCUUUGUCCUUUUGAAUGUAAAUUUAUUCAAAAAAGAGGAGCAAAGGAAUUGUUUUGCAUUACUUGUGUUUGCUAGUCUUCUUUGGUCAACGGAGGUCAUACCACUUUUUGUUACGUCUCUUUUAAUUCCCUUGAUGGUAGUAUGUCUGGGUGUGUUGCGUACAGAUGAGGCACCACGUCAACGGCUUGUCGCAGUCAACGCGGCAAAGCACAUAUUCUCGGCCAUGUUUUCACCUGUCAUUAUGUUAUUACUGGGGGGAUUUUCCAUCGCUGGAGCAUUGAGCAAAUAUCACGUCGCUAAAAUAAUGGCGACAUAUGUGUUGUCGAAGGCCGGCACAAAGCCACACUUUGUACUUUUGGCAAACAUGUUUGUCGCGACAUUUGCGAGCAUGUGGAUAAGUAAUGUCGCAGCACCUGUUCUGUGUCUUUCGCUGGUUCAGCCUAUCCUACGUAAUUUGCCGCCCAACAGUUCAUUUAGUCGAUGCCUUCUAUUGGGAAUCGCUUUAGCGUCCAAUGUUGGUGGUAUGGCUUCACCAAUAUCUUCACCGCAAAAUAUUAUUGCGAUAAAAAACAUGGAACCCUCGCCAACUUGGGUUCAAUGGUUUGUUGUGGCCAUUCCUUUGUGUAUAGUUAUCGACCUCUUUAUUUGGUUAUUGCUUCUUUGGAAUUACAAUCCUUCCAAAAAUUCCCCAAAGAUUCAUCCUAUCAGGUCCACCAGAGACCCAUUGACUGGUGUCCAAAUUUUUGUAAUUGCAGUUACCGUGGGUACAAUAGUCUUAUGGUGCAUCGAACGGACGGAGGCAGUAGAGAACUUUUUCGGUGACAUGGGAAUCAUUGCCAUCAUACCUUUGGUUUUAUUCUUUGGCACAGGUGUUCUCACAAAAGAAGAUUUCAACAAUUUCUUGUGGACAGUGAUUGUGCUUGCUAUGGGUGGUAUAGCUCUUGGCAAUGCUGUUCAAAGUUCAGGAUUAUUACACACUAUUGCAAAGGAUAUUCAAAUGAUGGGAUCCGCACUGAUGUGUUCUGUCGCUAUGGGUUUACCUGUAUCCGGAUUUCCGAACAUGAAUGUGAUCAUGAUGGAAGAUGAGAUGGGAGUACGAUAUUUGAGUACUUACGACUUCAUCAAGUCUGACGCGCCCGCUAAACAGAUCCAAGCGACCAAGUCACACGUCGAAGGCGAUUUCAAGGAUCCAAAUAAAAUUCGUGAACUUGCUCAAAGAGCUGAUAUCCUAACCAUAGAAAUCGAGCACGUUAAUGCCGAUGUCCUAGAAAUUUUGUCAAAGGAAAAUGUCGUCAUUCAUCCUUCCCCCUCCACAAUUCGUCUCAUUCAAGACAAAUACGCUCAAAAAGUACAUUUGUCAAACAACAAUAUCCCUGUUGUGGAAUUUCUUGAGGUUCCCUCGAGACAAGAGUUGAUUGAGGCUGCUUCAAGGUUCGGGUACCCUCUAAUGCUUAAAUCAAAGACACUUGCGUACGAUGGACGCGGUAAUUACGUGAUACGCUCGGAAGACGAUAUAAAGGCGGCCUUGGAAGCCUUGGGGAACCAUAAAACACCAUUGUAUGCCGAAAGGUGGGCACCCUUUAUAAAAGAGUUGGCGGUGAUGGUUGUCAGGAGAGCGAAUGGUGAAGUUAGGAGUUAUCCGGUGGUAGAAACUGUGCACCGAGAAAAUAUAUGUCAUCUGGUGGUUGCACCUGCUCAGGUUAAUGGCUUGCUCCUGGAAAAGGCGAGAGAAAUGGCGGAAAGGACAAUUCGAACUUUAGAUGGCGCGGGAGUAUUUGGCGUGGAGAUGUUCUUGAUGAGUGAUGGAAGCAUCUAUGUUAAUGAGAUUGCACCACGCCCUCAUAAUUCCGGACAUUACACAAUUGAGGCAUGUGAGACUUCACAAUAUGAGAAUCAUCUUCGUAGUAUUUUGGACAUCCCUUUAGGUAGUACCGCGCUCAAAGUUUCGACUGCAGCGAUGAUAAAUAUUCUAGGGAAGUCUGAGGAUAUCCAGGAAUGCCUUCGUCCAUGCACAAAGGCGCUCACCAUUCCGGGAGUCACCAUACAUUUAUAUGGAAAAAAGGAGUGUAGAAAAGGACGUAAGAUGGGUCACAUCACCACGGUGGCAAAUUCAAUUCCGCAAUUGUUUGAGAGGAUAGAACCCAUUAUAAAGGUGAUCGAUGAGAGUGACACAUCGAUUCCAUACACAACAAUUCAACCACUCGUUGGAAUAAUAAUGGGAUCAGAUUCCGAUCUACCUACUAUGAAAGCGUGCGCGGAGAUACUCGAGUCCUUUGAUGUUCCGUUUGAGUUGUCAAUCGUGUCGGCGCACAGGACUCCUCUCAGGAUGGUGGAGUAUGCUAAGAAUGCUCACAAAAGAGGGAUAAAAGUAAUAGUAGCUGGUGCCGGUGGGGCGGCUCAUUUACCUGGCAUGGUUGCCGCGUUGACGCCCUUACCUGUGAUCGGGGUACCGGUGAAGGGAAAAAUCUUGGAUGGUGUGGAUUCCUUAUAUAGUAUUGUGCAGAUGCCGCGUGGAGUGCCCGUCGCGACGGUGGCGAUUAAUAAUUCGACGAAUGCGGGAUUGUUGGCAGUGCGUCAGUUGGGUGCGUUUAUUCCCAAUUAUUUAGAGAGAAUGGAACAAUUCAUGAAAAAACAAGAGAAUGAAGUUUUAGCAAAGGUAGAUAGAUUGGAAGAGGUUGGUUGGAAAAUGUAUUGA